AUGCAUGGUGAAAAGGGACCAGAAAACAUCAUGAGGAUAGAUGCCAAAAAAGAUUUAGGCAUCUGGGUCUCCUCAAACUUGUCCUUCGCACUACACCAUGAGAAAUCGGCCCAAAAGGCAUUCGCCGUUUUACGGAUGAUCCGACGUACCUUCUCCCGUAUUACUCGCAUGGACUUCCAAAUACUCUAUGGGGCCUACGUCAGACCGCUCCUGGAGUACGCCAACCAAGUUGUCUACUCAGGACGUACGAAAGACGUUACCCUCAUUGAGCGUGUCCAGCGGGCCGCCACGAGAAUGGUUGCCGGCCUCAAGUCCGUGGACUACGAAACGCGUCUCGCGACGCUUGAUCUCUUUCCCCUGGAGUACCGUCGCCUCCGAGGGGACCUAAUUCUUACCUACGCCCUGUUUGAACAAAGCUUGGCAAACAGGUUUUUUACCGUUGACCCAGCAAACACCCGGCGGGGACAUAAGCCGGCCUUUUCUAACCAGUCCUCCCUCGGGGGACGGCAGCAUCGCUGCUUCCAUGAGUAUGGAAAUGCCAGCCUUGUUGAUUUCACUCUUCAUUCUCAGAGGCUGCCCACAAUGGAAUAUUUUUCCGGGACGCUCAACGUCAGAAUUAUUGAAGCGUCUGACCUCAAACCGACAGCUUGUGCUACACGACACUCUCUUCGACCUGUGGCCAAACUGUGCGAGCUACUUGACCCUUAUGUGACUGUCGAUGUGGACGAUAUAGCUAUUGGAAAGAGUUCCACUAAAUCGCGCACUAAUACACCUCUGUGGAACGAGGACGUGAGCGCCGAAGUAAACUACGCCCAACAGCUCACAUUUACGGUCUAUCAUGAUGCUGCAAUUCCUCCCGAUGAUUUUGUUGCUAUCGUUGAGGUUGCGAUCCGCAAUGUGCGUUCCGGUGAAGAUGUGUGGAUAGAACUAGAACCUCAUGGCAAACUUCACAUUCGGAUUGAUUUGUCUGGCACAAGAACUGAUGAACCCCCUCGUGACCGUUUGGGAUUUCCUAGCAGAGACAGUGCAAUCGGCGUUCAUGCGAAGCACUAUCGAUGCGGCGCGAUGCGACGCCGCAUUCACCAGGCAAAAGGUCACAAAUUUCAAGUUACUAGCCUCAAACAAUUUACCUUUUGCUCGUUGUGUAACAGUUUCAUCUGGGGUCUAUGGAACCAGGGCUAUCAGUGCCAAGUGUGUACCUGUGUUGUACAUAAACGAUGCUAUUUGAAUGUAAUCACACAAUGUCCGGGUGUUAAAUCUCCUCCAACAGGACCAACUGCUCUGUUACAAUGUGAAGUCUGUCGUCUUAGCAUCCACAAGCGAUGCGAGCGAAAUGUAGCCUCUCAUUGUGGUGUCAACACACGUGACUUGAUUGCUGCCAUUCGCCUUUGUGGCCUGAACCCAUCUGACUUGGGUGUGAUUCCUACAACCAGUAGUAUUGGUUCCAUUGGUAGUCCAACUCCGAGUAACGCUGUAAGUCCAGGGCCCCACGCCUCGUCGUCUUCUCGACCCGUAUCUGCAGGGCUUCGUACCUCCGGGAUUUAUGGAGCCUAUACAGAUUUUGGCACUGGUGAAUCCCGAUUAACAGGUUCACCCAUUCCACUACCUCCUAACGUUUUCAGCGAAAAUCCCAUCGAGUCGGAUGAUAUGACUCUACACAGUUCUGGGGCAGCCGUCCUAAUGAGUGGACCCGUAUACGGGAGACACGGUGUUCCGGUAGCCCGACCCUCUUCACUCCAGGACCCUCCAACAAUACACCAUACCACCACUUCGUCGGAUGUUGCCAGCAUCCGAAUACCGAAUCUGAAAGACUUCAUCUUCCUCAAAGUACUCGGUAAAGGUAGUUUCGGAAAGGUCAUGCUUGCUGAACAAAAAGGUACCGGUGAGGUGUUUGCUGUCAAGGUUCUCAAAAAGGAGGUUAUCCUUCAAGAUGAGGAUAUUGAUUGUACCAUGACUGAAAGACGUAUAUUGGUGCUUGCUGCAAGACAUCCGUUUUUGACCGCACUAUAUUGUGCUUUCCAGACCGAGGACCGUCUAUUCUUCGUGAUGGAAUAUGUGAAUGGCGGGGACUUGAUGUUUCAAAUUCAACGUGCUCGACGAUUUGAUGAGGCUCGAGCCAGAUUCUAUGCUGCCGAGGUUACGUUGGCUCUCAUGUUUCUACAUCGACACCACAUCGUGUAUCGAGACCUGAAACUAGAUAAUAUUCUUUUGGAUGCCGAGGGUCACUGCAAGCUGGCCGAUUUCGGUAUGUGCAAAGAGGGAAUGACACCUGGAAAAACAACCUCAACAUUCUGCGGUACACCGGAUUACAUUGCACCGGAGAUACUUGCUGAAUCAGACUACGGAUUCAGUGUAGAUUGGUGGGCACUAGGUGUUUUGAUGUACGAAAUGAUGGCUGGAGCGCCUCCUUUCGAAGGUGACACGGAGCAGGAUCUGUUCAAUGCUAUCUCUUACGAGGAAGUCACCUACCCACCUAACUUACAUCCAGAUGCAGUGGAUAUUAUGUCAAAGUUUUUACUAAAAUCACCUGCACGUCGUCUUGGUUGCGUAGCCGUUGACGGCGGCGAGUUGGCCAUCCAAUGUCACCCAUUCUUUAGAGAAAUCGAUUGGGAGAUUCUUGAAGAACGUCGUAUCCGACCGCCGUUCCGUCCGAAGGUUCGUUCUCGUAUAGACACGAGUAAUUUUGACAAGGACUUUACAAACGAAGAACCGGUACUUACACCGACUGAUCACACCAGUGAACUGACUGCAAUCGCAAAAGAUGUGUUUGCCGAAUUCGACUGUAUCAACACUGACUACAGUGUGAUGCGUUACCAUACAACACGUCCAAGUCAGCAGCAGCCCCUUCGGUCCAUGUUUAGUGGCGCGCACCUAACAACAUCAGCUGUCGGAACGGAACCUGCAACCAGUCCAGAAGCUCUCAGCGGAGGUCCUACAUCUCCUACUCAUGGAACUCCCCUGUCUAAUUCUCCCUACAAACCCGCAUCCCCCACGAUUACCACACCAACUGUGACAACCCUUCCGGUCACAACCCCCCGUUCGCAGUUGCCAUUCGAUUUCCCAGCCGAUUCAUUGGUAGAUAGCACAACGAGACUCGCCAUCACGUCCAUUUCAUCUGCUUCUCAGAAUCGAAGUGUACCUUCGUCCCCAGUACAUUCGCAUCCAUCCCUUCCCAGUUUUACGGAACGAAAAGUUGCCUCUAAGUGGUUAGCCGAUUAGAACAAAGAAAACUUCAACAGAUUUGUUAACUUCCAGUGAUGCGCAAUCUUCCUCUGUUUUUCGUGUCGAAUUGGAACCAACGAUGUGCGUUUGUCGCAAAUUCUGCGCCAUUCUCCGGUCGCUCUAGCGCCUCACCUGUUUCCGAUCUAUUCAUUCCCUACACGGCAGUGUAAUUUUACAUGGUUCGUCUGCGCUGUCCGUCGGCGUAAAAGCCCAAUGCUGAAUCGCAGGCGAUCAUCAUUUUUACCCACCCUCCAUGGCCACCUGUGAUCAUAGGUUUGCCCCACCACAAUACUCUCCUUUCGAAAUUUCGCUGACACAUGUUUUAUUUGCAAUCCUCUCACUUCACUCCUCUUUCUAAAUCAUGAUAGAUGUGAUGACUAAACAGACCACAUUUGCCUUACUAAUCCACACACACACACACACACACACUGAUUUGUCAGCUUUUCUGUUUCAUUCUUUGCCGCUGUUUUAAACUCCUUACAGUUAGGUCAUCCCCAGCUCGGUCGUCCUUUGCCGACUUCAUCAUGUCUUAGUACACGCAUUUAGCUUCUUUUUGUUCUGUUUUCUAUCUUCUUGGUUUGUGCAUUUAUUUUUCAUAUCUAUCUAGUCUCCAGUGUGUAAACUGGUCGACCACCACUACUGUGAACAUCUUGUGUGGUUGGAAACGGUCCUCACACGUGGCUCGUUACUCGUUCUCUUUUUGUUUAGGAAUACUCUUUUAUGCUCGGCUCUCUCAAUCUAACCCUGCCCGUCUGUUUCUUGCUUGCAUAAUCUCGUUGACGGGGUUCCUUUGGGUUAGGAUAAUUAAUACUUCAUCCGCCAAUCUGUACGUAUAAUUGCUAAUAUUACUGACUUAAUGUUGCUAAGUGGAGAUGAUCUCUAUUUUAUUUUUCUCCGUUAUUUUGUACAGCACGACCACAUUGAUCGGCCAUUUUCCAGUUUUUCCUUUUCGGCGCACCUGAUUCAUGUUCAUCGAUGCCAUUUCUAGUCCUUUGUGCCCAAAGCAUUUUCGCCUCCCUAAUCUUCUUUCUCAUUUCAUCAAGCAACGGUUUGCAUCAAUUGUGCUUUCACAAGAUUGUCAAUCGGCGCUUCGGUAACUGCAGAACCUCUGACUGGCUCAUUGUGCACCCUUCUGAUUCUUGUUCAUUCAUAUUUAACUGCGGUUUCGUUACCAACUGUGGAAUAUAAUUUUGGGGAUUAGCGUUCGUUCGACUGGUCAUCGUUGCAAGUUUAAUAAUAUCUGUGACCUAUCGCUACUUGUAUUGCACCAAUAACGCUUGUUAUCGGAUCUCUAUGGGUGCAUUUCUACAAUCUCAUAGUUUCUUUUGAUUUCGUAAGUUGAUUGAACUUGUGCAUAUGGCUUCAUACCUAUCCUUUGGGUCAGUUUUUUACUCUUCACUGAGACUUCUCUUUGUUUGUGUCUGUCUAUCCGUUCACAUAUUGAGG